AACUGCACUACCUCAAACUCAAUGUAUAUCUUAUAUAGUCUUUAAUGUAUAAAUAAAUAAAUGUAUAUUUCAAUCAUAUUGGCAGAUGAUAGCAAGCACUAAAUAAAUAAUUUGACUUAUUUCAAAGUAAUUUUAAAAAUGUAUUUGCAGUUCUAGGUAGAUCUCUAAAUCGUAACGAACGAAAUUAAUUUAGGAAUGUAUCUAGCUUCGUGUUAUGUUUUUGGUGUUUUUUAAACGGUAUGUCUAACCUAAAAGUGUUAUUGUUUUAAUUUUUUUCAUUAAAACCUCUUAUUGUGAUCUAAUAAAUUAUAUUAAUGCCAAUUAAAUGGAAUCCGACAAUUUGCUGAACGAUUUCAAUAAUAGACUAAAAAAGUUAAAAACUGCAGACUCUUCUGAAGUUUAUAAAAUACUUUGUUAUGUUCGCUCUUCGUUUGGGAAAGAUUCGUUGGGUGCAUGCAAAGGACUUGUAAAUGCUCUGAAAAACAACGACGAUGCACUUAAAGACAUAAUAAACUUAUUGAAAAAAGUAAACGAGAGGGUUAUUGAUGUCUCGUUAAGUAUCUUGGGUUGUUGUUGCUUCAAAGAUUUUGCUACAUGUAAAAAGUUGGCCGAUCUUGGUGUCAUACCACCUCUAGUGACAGUCCUGCGAUGUUUAGGACGCGAUUGUAUACAAUGUCGUGUUUGCCGGUUAGUAGGGAACCUGGCAGAAGAUUACUCUGUGGCACGGAAGUUACAUGACUUGGGAAUAGUUCCUGCACUUUUGCCUUUAUUGACUUCUGACUCCAAGAAGUCCACAGAUACUUUAAUGAUGUGCAUUAGAGCGAUUCGGUGUGUGUGGAGGGUAAGAGAGAGCCAAGAGGAAAUGCUGACAAUGGGGACAGUGAAAACAAUUGCUGGAUUUUUAUCCCCUGCAGUACUGGAGAGACAGGAUGGUGUGAAGCUCAUCAAGUGUGUGUUGAAAGUUAUCGUUGUGGUUUUGAAUGACAGGCCACAAGCAUGUGCAAAUCAGAUGGAUGCAAGUGGACAUGGGUUUGAGCACCUGGUGAUGCUGGCCAAGCAGAAGAGUCUCCGGGAGCUGGUGUUGCGAUGCGUCAAGGCUCUCUGCCUUGUGGCCUCAUGCCGACCUUCCAUGGGGAAUGCUGGCUUCGUCACGCUGAUCAUCAAUGAAGUACCUUUGGCGGAGAGCGAGUCGACGAAGCAGUGGCUGCUGGCCAGCCUGGGCGCAUUCUGCUUCGAGGGCGUGAACCGGGCCAAGGUGCGGCUGGACGGGGGACUGCCCCUGCUGCUGGCGUCGCUGCGGGGGUGCAGCGUCCGGGACGCGGGCACCGCCCUGCACGUGCUGCUGCAGUUCCUGUACGACGACCAGAGCCUGGAGUUGCUGGCGGAGGAGGGCCUGGUGCCGGCGCUGGUCGACAAGCUGGAGGCCUUCACGGAGCUCGAGAGCUCGGGCCACGGCGCCCCCGACCCCGACCCUGACUUCGGCAGCCGGCGCAACAAGAGGAAGAGGGAGGGCCUGUACGGAUGUGCCUUCUGGGACGAUUUCGAGCAGUUCAGUGGUUUUCCCAUGAAAGACGAAGUCCCCGGGAAUGUGAAGUAUCGAAUGGGUUCAGCGAGUCCAGAUGAUAGUUACACUCGUGGCAACAUUGAUGAUUUUUGUUGGAGUCCCACAAGUCCUUCCACAUCAUCUAUUUCACCGUGCGCAUCCCCUCCGCUGUUGGAAGACAGCUUUCGAAGUGAUGAUUCAUCCUCGCUGGAGUACUCUCCUGUUGUGUCCGACUCUGACAAUGAGGAAACACCUAAGGGGAAGGUAGCAGAGAAGCAGUCACUGCAAGACAAGUGUGGGGUGUACUGUGUGCUCACUCUGCUUGAAAAAAUCUGCUGUCUGAAGUCGGCCAGGAUAGUGAAUCAACGUGCAAUUGCAGCAUUGUUGGACUACGUAUCACGUGUGACAAAUCCUAACAAGCGCAGUGUGUGCAUUUUAGUGAGGGUCAUUGGGAACAGGCAGAACUUUGCACAGCUAAUGUCGCAGCAGUUUGUACUGCUGCUGCUGAGUCAUCUGGGUGAGUCGGCACACGAGGAUUGUGUGCGCUGCUCCAGGAACAUAAGCCUGUUCGAACUGCUGCUGCAGAAGUUCAGGAACGUGUCCCAGUCAAAUUUUGGUUUUGGCACCAUGGAGCAUCUGAUUUUGCAAGGGGAUAUGGACGUUAAGCGUGCAGUUGUGAUAGCCUUCCCUUUCGUCGCCAGCUAUGAGCCAGCAUUGCUACAGAAGUUCCUUAUCUCACGUCCGGGCCUUAAGCUACUGAUGGAAGCUGUUCAGGGCUCAGAAGGUGAUGACCUCAUUUCUCGUUUUGCUGCUGAAAGUGUCAGCUAUCUUGCAAUUAGUUUGAAUAUACCCAAGAUCACGGACUACGUUAAGAAAUCAAAAAAUACCUCAGAAGAAGAAAACAAGCCUGCUGUGUUGGUGCCCGAGAGUGCGCAGCCAGUUGAUGACGUGGUGGUGCUAAAGCUGGAUGAUGGCAGCGAGUUGACGACGAGCAGGAGUUUGCUGGCUUGUCACUCUGACAUGUUCAGAACCAUGUUUAGUGGCAGCUUUUCCGAGUCUACCCAGAACCACGUACACCUUCCAGGCGUGUCGAGGCGGUGCGCGGAGACGGUGCUGAGCUCGAUGCGGGACGCCGACUGGCUGGACCGCCUGGCCACCUGCGGCGUGGAGGACGGCCUGGAGGUGCUGGAGGCGAUGGACCGCUUCCUGAUGCCCGGCAGCUGGCACGUGGCGCGGCACCUGGGCCGGCUGCUGUGCCCCGGCAACCUGCUGGCCGUGUUCCGUCGCUCGGCCACGUCUCUGCACGUGCCGCAGUUCCGGCUGCUCGGCAGGCUGGCCGUCCGCUACCUGCUGACCCAGCGCAUGCGGCCGUGCCAGCGGAGGGAGGUGUUCCUCGGCGCCGCGCGGCACGGCUGCUCCGCGCAGCUCGCGGAGAGCGUGGCCGCCGCCAUCGCGGACAGGGUGUCCUGCCCCUGCAUGGUGUUCCCCUCCGUGUCGUUCCUCAUCCCGUGUUCCCGCUGUAGCGUGGAGUACCUGCAGGCUCCGUGUCACGUGGUACCUUCUGGAGGUAGUGAAUCCACACCGCAGUAUGAAUGAAUUCACAGAACAGCAAAAUCCAUUUCAAUAGUGUUGCCAUUGAAUGAGACCAGCAGAAGAGUAAAAAAUUUAAUAUUUUGGAAAAAAGGUAAGUCGUUCAUUCACUAGUUUCAGGUACAAAUGUCAUGUAAGUAAAGUUAACCCAAAUGAGGUUUAUGCCUUUCCAGUACAUGAUGCUCAAAGGUUUGUGAAAAUAGCAUAUUAAUAUUUAAACAGUAUUCUAAAUAUAAACUUAAAUAAUCAUGCAACAUUGGACACUGAUAAAAAUUCGUAUAGAUUUUUGGUUGGUUUAAAAAAGCAAGGAUUUCCGUAAACUUUUACAUCUACGUGCUGGAUUUUCUUUUCACAACUACACAUAGUUUUUAAUAAAUUUUAUGGCUUGGUUAGCAAGUAUUUAUACUGUUGUCAGGGAUGUUACAAACACAUAUAUAUAAUAUGUACAUAUACAUAAAUUGGUACAUACUUACAUAUACAAAUUUUGUUGCAUGGAUGUAUAUUUACUUGAGUUUUUUUUUUGUGUGUGUAAGAAAGACAUGGAAUCAAUUUCAAUGCUAACAAAAGAUUAGUUGAUAGCUUCCAUGUAAUUGAAGACUUCACAUUGACUGGUUGACAUACCAUACAGAAUAGCAACUGUUAGAUUUAUUUAUUAAAGCCAUUUUUCCUUACAGUUCAUAUUCUGCACAUGCCCUUCCCUAGUGUUGGUUAGUAAAUUUAAAAAAUUAAAAUUUACAUGUAUGUUCUACAUGGAUAGAAUGGGGUUGACAUUCAAAAUAUGCGGACUGCCCUACCCGAGGAACAGACCUUUCAUUCCGGCCAGCCUGAAGAAUGCAUGAGAUGGAGCAGCGACAGAAAGGGAGUAUCCCAAGAAAACCCACAGGCUUGUGUAAAAUCCGAGUUCGGUUCGGCCAGGAAUUGAACCCGGAUCGUCUUGGUGUAAUAAUCACUCGACCAAUGUGCCUCUUUACCAUGUUAGUUUAGCACAAUAGCAAAACUAAACCAAAGAUAAUUGAAUAAGUGUGGUCUCCAAAGCAAUGGCACCAUUAUUAACAUCACUUAAUUCAUAUAAUGUGUAGUCGAACAGCUUGUAACACAUCAGAUUGUUUUGACUAAGAGCGAUCUAACAGUCACAGUACAGGAAAAUUCUUGCAAAAUUAUGUGUCACUGCAGAUACCAAUCCAAUUAUUACUGAUACAUUUCUUUAAUAUACAACCAACACAAACCCAAUUUAAUACUAUUUGUAAAUAAUCGCACGUCUCCUAACAUAAAAUAUUUUUAAAAAGUAAGUCAGUACCUUAAGAGAAUUAUCCUCUUUUAUUGCAUAAUCGUCGCACCUAUGUUUUAGAGCGUAAAAAUUUGGAUAAAAUAACCACUCGCGUAAACAUUGCAUGAUGUAAAAUACAUUUUUUGUCACCCAACAAAAAUCCAUAUUAUAAAUGUGUUUUAUUGCAUAAUUUUCACACAUUUUAUACUAAAAUAAAGUUUGAAAAGUAGGGGUGUGGCGUUUAUGCGAGACAAAAAAAUUUUGUUAAGUAAAGUUAUUCAUAAAAACAAAACCCAUUCACGGAAAGUACGUUUAUUUAAAAGCGGAGUAUACAAGAGAAUGCCGAAAAAUUUAAAUUAUAACUCAUGCAACAAAAACCUUUCUUCAACAUAAAAUAGGAAAACAAAAUGUGAACAUGAACGUGAACUAAUGCAUAAUUAUCGUCUUAGUACACACUUAUGGUGCGGGUCAUCAAGUGUAGUUAACUCGGCAUUAACAGAGAGCGCGCGUUGCAUUCAAUCGGCGAGAUAUCGAUAUUCGACUACGUGUGCGCGCUCUAUACGGGAAGGAAAAUAACCAAAUAUGAAUGAUGCUAACUAGCACUGGCUACAUUUAUAUAAGCAGUACACCGCGGCGACGCAGACGAACAGAUAAUGGUUAUAACUUUUAAAAACGUCUUUAAAAGGAAAUUUACACAUCAGACUUCAUAUUUUGGUUAAUUAAAUAAGUAAGAGGUAAUUUCCGAAUAAAUAUUAGAUUUAUACUUUUAAAUACAUCAUUUUAUACGGAAAAGAUACCUUCACAAAGCGCUCGGAAUCUAAUAGGGGGGCCAAAAACAUCAUGCGACAUUUACAUGAGAGGUUUUUUUUAAUCGAAAUUUUGACGCCCUAAAAUAUAGGUGCAACGAUUAUGCGAUAAAAGAGGGUAUGUACAUAAGUCUUUACCUGUAAUAGCUGGAAACAGAACACUUUAAAAACAGUACGUUACACUAAUUAAUUAUUACUCUGACAGUGGAACGUUUAUGAAUGGGAUUAGCAUUAUCAGUGGGGCGACUGCCAGCAGGUGCGUUCCAGUGCGUAGUGCAUUGCUGACUGGGCUGGGACCUGGGCUUCGAAUACUGCCCAGGGCAGUACGAUAUCAGCAGUAAAUUACUGCUUAUUUUUAAUGCUUUUGUUUUGUGGAUUCACCACCUGCAACAUCCUCUUUGACUUAACGAGCAUGAAAGGAAAAACAGAUGUGUUACAAAUUAGAGCUGUUUUGAAAGUUGGUAAAUGUUUUGAUUUAGCGGACAGUAUCGAUAUUAUUUGCUUUUAAUUCACAUUUAAUAAUUGCUAUGCAUAUGAUUAUUGUGUCUUACAGUGCUGUUGUUUUGUACAUUAGUAGUCUUAAAAGACAUCCUGCAGACAUUAGUACUUGCCAGUGUGGGUAUUCUAUGAAAGGCUAAUUGGUUUCACUUUUUUCAAAUAAUGGGUGCUUGUUUUUUAUGAACUCCACACCAUUGCUUGAAAGGAAAUACAACAUUUCAAGCUUCAAAUAUGUAUAAAUGGAAAGAAUUUGGUCAUUAAGUGUAAAAAUAUUCUAUAGGAAAACAUGUACUAUUGUCCAUUACCUAUAAACUAUAAAUAUUGAACUGAAAUUAUAAUCAGAGUUUAUAAAGCAUAAUAUUUAUUACAAAUCAUUUCCAUUUUUUAAUUGUUUGAAUUAGGUUGAAUAUUAUUUAAUGAAAAACGUAACAGUUUUUAAAAUUAAUUCAAUCAUUUUAUGAAUGAAUUUAUUCUUGUCAGAGAAAAUUGUUUUUCAUGAAUAUAAGAAUAUUGUAUAGCAUGAUGUAAAAGUCAUGUUUCAAAUUAAUUAGUUAAUUACAUGUAUAUAUGAUUUUUGUGAAUUAUUUGUGUUUAUAACAAAGAAAAUUUCAUAGAAGGGUCAUGCUGUAGACAUUACUCAUUAGUAAUUUUUUAUGGGAAACAUAUUUGGUGUAAACUCGCUAACAGAUUUAAAUAUUGCUGCCAUACAAUUGUUAUUGAAAUGACAAACAGUUGAUUCAAAAUCCUUCCUUAAAAAUGGUCUUAGGCAACAAUUUUAUGUACUCAGAUUCUGCAAUGAUCUCAUCAGAGUUGAAUAGUCGUAAAAUUUUAUAUAUUACGUAUUUCAUUCACUCCAUUGUACAUAGGUAUGUCAUUAUAAUUCUUUAAUUAUUUAAAUAUUAUUAAAUUUCAAACAGUCAAUAAGUUGACUGAACUAAUGUGGAAAGUCAGAUUGGCCACCUUUAUUUUUCCAACUAUAAAAUGAUGAGGUCCCACAAUAUUAUUGCUACACAGCUCCUAUACUUUAUGGAUGCAAUUGAUAAAGUAUUAAUUAAUUUCAUUAUUUACAUUAUGUAUGAACAAUGAUAAAAUGAAAUGUUACAUUCAACAUCUUUUGUCGAAAAGCAUAAGCACUACGGGUGGUAUUCAGAGAUGUUCGGUAAGGUAGCGAAUAAGCACUGCCAUGUUGGGACACAACCGUAACUUAGAAUCUGUCUUAACAGAAACCCAGUAAGGGUACAGAAUGGCAACUGCUUUAAUAAACGGUGCCCUGCAUGAGGCUAAAACAGUUGCGCAUUGCGGAACGAGCAUGCUACUUUACGUAUGUCCACAUAUUUGUUUAUUUACUUUCAUAUGAGAGUAAUGGAAAACAUCAAAAAUCAGCGUGCCUGGUUUACACGUGAUGAAUAGUCUUUUUUCUUAUUGUUUAGUAAAACAGUUUUUAUAACUAAAAAAUAUUUCACGACAUAGAGGAUAUAUAAUUUAUUAUAUAUACACACACAUACUACUUGCAUUAUGUAUAUUGUUUGUGUUUUAUUUUUAUAUUUAGUAAAUGUGUAAGGCCAUAGGCCUACCUUAUAUCAAAUAAACAAACCAACAGACAUAUUUGUAUAGCUAUUGCUCAAAUAAUAUUUAAUUAAUUUACACUGACUCUAAUGUUCAUAAUGUAUUUUAUGACAAGUUCAAACAAGAAAGUUUCCCCUCGUCUGGUUUUGAACUUGCUACUAUUCAUAUUCUUGUUUCUGUGUACUUUGCACUUUAGGACUCUGCUACAGACACAUAACAAAAUUCUGGAAGAAACUAUGGGUAUUCAAGGCUGUUUGAUUGUAAUUUCCUCAAUUACUUUUUAAGUUGUAAUUAUUUAUUAUGACCAUUAAUGUGUACAAACUGUACGUUCCAGGAUAUUUUUGCUAUCGUAAAGUUUUAUUUGGCUCAUUAAUAUGCUUGGUAUGUCCCUCAAUGUUCACGAAGGUAAAUAUAUAUAUGAGUUAAUGGUGCUAGAUGCAGGAAAUGAAAAUUUCCUGAGAAUAAUAAAAUGUGUUAAAUCUUGAUAUCAGAAUGUUUUUUGAAACCAAAUGAUUUUUUUUAUACAAAAUUAAGCAUAAUGUGGUUUAAAUGUCAAUCAUGUGUUAUAACACUUAUAACUAAGGCAUGUUCUACAAUGGCAUGGAAAUGGAGACGGAUCUCAUGGCACAUUUCACUAUCACGUCUGGUGCUUCCACAAUGCUGAAACAAAUGGCAACCAAUGAGGUUGCAUUUAAAGGUUACGAAAUAUUAAUUUAAUUAAAAAAAUAUAUAUUAUGCUUCAAGAUCAUAGCACAGGCAUAUAUAACGAAAAUAAACCUCAAAGAAAUAAUAGAACACUAGAUGUUCUGUAGUUGAAACAAUUUUAACAUACUUAGUAAAUAUAUUAUAAAUAUUGCUACCACCGCAGCCAAAUGCAAUAGAAUAUUGGUACAACGUAUCUCAGUAUAAUGUUUUUUUUGUUUUUUUAAUACCUGCCGAAAAUCAUAUAUUUUCAAUGCAAAAUUGUUUCAGUUUAAAGUAACAUUAUUUUCACUACAAGGAAUAAAUUCCACUACUAGUGUGGCAUUGCUACUCCAAAAUUGACUUAAAUUGGUAAAUAAAUUUUCAACUAAAUGAUUAAUGCUAUAGAAUACACACACAGAAAUCAAACAUACCACCUAACCUCUAAAAACCUCGAAACAAACAAACGAACGCGCGCACUACCAUAAUACGCGACGUGGCAUUACUAGAGUCAAGAUUUUGUGGUGUUAUUUUAAGACAAAUUUUGGUGUAAAGAAAUAAAGAUUUCGGUGUUGUA